AUGGAGUGUGCGUGGAAGCCAGACGAGCAAGGACUUCAGCAGAUUCUUCAGCUGCUUAAAGAGUCCCAAUCGCCGGAUACGUCCACGCAGAGAUCUGUCCAGCAAAGAUUGGAGCAGCUGAAUCAGUUUCCCGACUUUAACAACUACUUGAUAUUUGUUCUGACCAAGCUCAAAUCAGAAGACGAGCCGACACGCUCCCUGAGCGGCUUGAUACUGAAGAACAAUGUGAAAGCUCACUAUCAGAACUUCCCUCACGGCGUGUCUGACUUCAUCAAGGGCGAGUGCCUCCAAAACAUCGGCGAUUCUUCGCCGCUCAUCCGCGCAACCGUGGGUAUCCUGAUUACCACUAUCGCGUCAAAGGGAGAGCUGCAAAACUGGCCAGAGCUUUUACCCAAACUGUGCCAGCUGCUGGAUUCUGAAGACUACAACACGUGUGAGGGGGCUUUCGGAGCCCUGCAAAAGAUCUGCGAGGACUCUGCCGAGGUCCUGGACAGUGACAUGCUGGAUCGACCCCUCAACAUCAUGAUCCCCAAGUUCUUGCAGUUCUUCAAGCACAGCAGCCCCAAGAUUAGGUCUCAUGCUAUCGCCUGUGUCAACCAGUUCAUCAUCAGCAGGACUCAGGCCCUCAUGAUGCACAUUGACGCUUUCAUCGAGAACCUGUUUGCGCUGGCCACCGACGAGGAGCCAGAGGUGCGCAAAAACGUGUGCCGAGCGCUUGUCAUGUUGCUGGAGGUCCGCCUGGACCGACUGCUGCCACACAUGCAUAACAUUGUUGAGUACAUGCUUCAGAGGACACAAGACCAGGAUGAAAACGUGGCGUUGGAGGCCUGCGAAUUCUGGCUGACGUUAGCUGAGCAGCCCGUCUGCAAGGAAGUGCUGUGCGGGCACCUGUCCAAGCUCACUCCGGUGCUCGUCAACGGGAUGAAGUACUCCGAGAUAGACAUCAUCAUGCUCAAGGGCGACAUCGAGGAGGACGAGGCCAUCCCCGACAGCGAGCAGGACAUUCGCCCUCGCUUUCACCGCUCCCGCACGGUCGCCCAACAGCACGAAGGCGACGGCAUCGAGGAUCAGGUGGAAGACGAUGACUUAGACGACGAUGACGACGAAACUAUUUCGGAUUGGAACCUCCGCAAAUGUUCGGCGGCCGCCUUGGACAUUCUAGCCAACGUGUUUCGGGACGACUUGCUGCUGCACAUUCUGCCGCUUCUCAAAGAGCUGCUCUUCCAUCCCGACUGGGUCGUCAAGGAGUCGGGCAUCCUCGUACUGGGAGCGAUAGCUGAAGGCUGCAUGCAGGGAAUGAUCCCGUACCUCCCCGAGCUGAUUCCUCACCUGAUCCAGUGUCUGUCAGACAAGAAGGCCCUGGUGCGCUCAAUUACUUGCUGGACGCUGAGUCGCUACGCCCACUGGGUUGUCAGCCAGCCCCCCGACGUCUACCUGAAGCCUCUCAUGACCGAGCUACUCAAGCGCAUUCUGGAUAGCAACAAGCGCGUGCAGGAGGCUGCUUGCAGCGCCUUUGCCACCUUGGAGGAGGAGGCGUGCACGGAAUUGGUGCCCUACCUGGCUUUCAUUUUGGACACGCUGGUGUUCGCAUUCAACAAGUACCAGCACAAGAACCUUCUCAUCCUUUAUGACGCCAUCGGAACGCUCGCCGACUCGGUGGGACACCAUCUCAACAAACCGGAAUACAUCCAGAUGUUGAUGCCGCCUCUGAUCCAGAAGUGGAACCAGCUCAAGGAUGAAGACAAAGACCUUUUCCCUUUGUUAGAAUGCCUUUCAUCGGUAGCCACUGCUUUGCAGAGCGGCUUCUUGCCCUAUUGCGAGCCCGUGUACCAAAGAUGCGUCAACCUGGUCCAGAAGACCCUUGCUCAAGCCAUGCUUUACCAGUCACAACCAGAGCAGUACGAAGCACCAGACAAAGACUUCAUGAUUGUGGCUUUGGAUCUUCUCAGCGGUCUGGCCGAAGGUUUGGGAGGCACCAUCGAGCAACUUGUUGCCCGGAGCAACAUCCUCACCCUUAUGUACCAAUGCAUGCAGGACAAAAUGCCCGAAGUGCGUCAGAGUUCCUUUGCUUUGCUGGGGGAUCUAACCAAGGCCUGUUUCCAGCAUGUCAAACCAUGCAUUGCUGACUUUAUGCCCAUACUGGGUACUAAUUUAAAUCCUGAGUUUAUAUCCGUGUGCAACAAUGCAACGUGGGCAAUAGGAGAGAUUGCCAUACAAAUGGGUGAGUACAUUUUUUUUUUUUUUUUUUAUUGUCCAGGGCCUGAAAUGCAGCCGUAUGUUGCAGUGGUGCUGCACCAGCUGGUGGAAAUCAUUAACAGGCCCAAUACGCCGAAAACGCUUCUGGAAAACACAGCAAUAACAAUUGGUCGUCUUGGUUACGUUUGUCCUCAAGAGGUGGCACCCAUGCUACAGCAGUUUAUAAGACCCUGGUGCACCUCCCUGCGGAAUAUAAGGGACAACGAGGAGAAAGACUCUGCUUUCAGAGGAAUUUGUACCAUGAUUAGCGUCAACCCGGGAGGCGUCGUACAGGAUUUUAUUUUCUUCUGUGACGCCGUUGCCUCCUGGGUCAACCCCAAGGAAGAUCUGCGAGACAUGUUCUACAAGAUCCUUCAUGGCUUUCAAAACCAGGUAGGGGAGGAAAACUGGAGGCGCUUUUCUGACCAGUUCCCCAUGCCGUUAAAAGAUCGCCUGGCUACUUUCUAUGGGGUCUAA